GGGAUUGGCUACUUGAAUCCUGAUCGAGGCGGGUGAUUGGUUGUCUGGGCUCAUCCGGCGAUUGGAUGCCGGGAGUCGAGGGGGCGGGAGGCGGGAAUUCGUCUGGGAGAGCCUUGUAGAGCGGACUCCUGCGAGCUGGAGCGGAAAGCCGAAGCCUCCCGCGGCCCGCUGAGGAAGGGAGAGAGGCGUGUGACCCUUUGCCAGCGCUCUGCUGUACUUGCGGAUAUCUGUUUCCUUUUCUCCCGUGAGUCGGAGCCCAGUCAGUGGUGCUUCAGUUUUCCUCAGGACAGUUACGAAUCUGAAGUAAAUAGUAAAGCAUAAUGUCUUCAUUGUGGUCUGAAUAUACAAUUGGUGGGGUGAAGAUUACCUUUCCUUAUAAAGCUUACCCAUCACAGCUUGCUAUGAUGAAUUCUAUUGUCAGAGGAUUAAACAGUAAGCAACAUUGUUUGUUGGAGAGUCCUACAGGAAGUGGGAAAAGCUUAGCCUUACUUUGUUCUACUUUAGCAUGGCAACAGUCUGUUAGUGGGAAGCUAGUGGAUGAAAGCUUAAGUAAAACUGAAGUAUCAUCGUCAUGUUGUUGUGCAUGCCAUUCAAAGAAUUUUACAAACAUUGACUUAAACCAAGGAACUUCACAUCAUUUCAACAGUCCGAGUACACCACCUUCUGAAAGAUAUGACACUUCAUCAACUUGUCAAGACUCUCCUGAAAAAACCACACUGGCUGCAAAGCUAUCUGCCAAGAAACAGGCAUCCAUAAAAAGAGAUGAAAAUGAUGAUUUUCAAGUAGAGAAGAAAAGAAUUCGACCCUUAGAAACCACACAGCAGAUUAGAAAGCGUCAUUGUUUUGAAAAGGAGGUACAUCAUGUGGAUGCAAAAGUUGCUUCAGGAAAGACCACAAAACUCAACUCUCCAUUAGAAAAGAUAAACUCCUUUUCUCCACAAAAUCCCCCCGGUCACUGUUCCAGGUGUUGUUGUUCUACUAAACAAGGAAGCAAUCAAGAUUCCUCAAAUACCACUAAGAAGGAUCAUGGCGGGAAAUCCAAGAUACCCAAAAUAUAUUUUGGGACACGCACACACAAACAGAUUGCUCAGAUUACUAGAGAGCUCCGGAGGACAGCGUACUCAGGGGUCCCAAUGACUAUUCUUUCUAGCAGGGACCAUACUUGUGUUCAUCCUGAAGUAGUAGGUAACUUCAACAGAAAUGAGAAGUGCAUGGAAUUGCUGGAUGGAAAAAAUGGCAAAUCCUGCUAUUUUUAUCAUGGUGUACAUAAAAUUAGCAAUCAACACACAUUACAGACUCUGCAAGGGAUGUGCAAAGCCUGGGAUAUAGAAGAACUUGUCAGCUUGGGAAAAAAACUAAAAGCAUGUCCGUAUUACACAGCACGAGAACUAAUAGAAGAUGCUCACAUAAUAUUUUGUCCUUACAACUAUCUUCUAGAUGCACAAAUAAGGGAAAGUAUGGAUAUCAAUCUGAAAGAACAGGUUGUCAUUUUAGACGAAGCUCAUAACAUUGAAGACUGUGCUCGGGAAUCAGCAAGUUAUAGUGUAACAGAAGUUCAGCUUCGUUUUGCUCGAGAUGAACUAGAUAGCAUGGUCAACAAUAAUAUAAGGAAGAAAAACCAUGAACCCUUACGAGCUGUGUGCUAUAGCCUAAUUAAUUGGUUAGAAGCAAACUCUGAACAUCUUGUGGAAAGGGAUUAUGAAUCAUCCUGUAAAAUAUGGAGUGGAAGUGAAAUGGUCUUAAAUUUGCACAAAAUGGGCAUUACUACUGCUACUUUUCCUAUUUUGCAGGGACACUUUUCUGCUGUCCUUCAAAAAGAAGAAAAAGUCUUACCAAUUCAUGGUAAAGAGGAGACAAGAGAAGUGCCUAUUAUUAGUGCUUCAACUCAAAUAAUGCUCAAAGGACUUUUUAUGGUGUUUGACUAUCUUUUUAGGCAAAAUAGCAGAUUUGCAGAUGAUUAUAAAGUUGCUAUUCAACAGACUUAUUCUUGGAUAAAUCAGACUGAUACUUCAGAUAAAAAUGGAUUCUUUGCUCCAGCAAAAAAUAAAAAACAUUUAAGACAGAAAACUGCAGUUCAUGUGCUAAACUUUUGGUGCUUAAAUCCAGCUGUGGCCUUUUCAGAUAUUAAUGGCAAAGUUUUGACGAUUGUUUUGACAUCUGGAACAUUAUCACCAAUGAAAUCCUUUUCAUCAGAACUUGGUGUUACAUUUACUAUCCAACUGGAGGCUAAUCAUGUCAUUAAUAACUCACAGGUUUGGGUGGGCACCAUUGGGUCAGGCCCCAAGGGUCGGAAUCUCUGUGCUACCUUCCAGCACACAGAAACAUUUGAAUUCCAGGAUGAAGUGGGAGCACUUUUGUUAUCUGUGUGUCAGACUGUGAACCAAGGAAUUUUGUGUUUCUUGCCAUCUUACAAGUUACUAGAAAAGUUAAAAGAACGUUGGCUCUACACUGGUUUAUGGCAUAAUCUAGAAUUGGUGAAGACAGUCAUUGUAGAACCACAAGGAGGAGAAAAAACUGAUUUUAAUGAAUUACUGCAAGUGUACUAUGAUGCAAUCAAGUACAAAGGAGAGAAAGAUGGAGCCCUCUUGGUAGCAGUUUGUCGUGGGAAAGUGAGUGAGGGUCUGGAUUUCUCAGAUGAUAAUGCCCGUGCUGUCAUAACAAUAGGAAUUCCUUUUCCAAAUGUGAAAGAUCUACAGGUUGAACUAAAGCGACAAUACAAUGAUCAGCACUCAAAAUUGAGAGGUCUUUUACCUGGUCGUCAGUGGUAUGAAAUUCAAGCAUAUAGGGCCUUAAACCAGGCCCUAGGUAGGUGUAUUCGACACAAAAAUGAUUGGGGAGCUCUUAUUCUAGUGGAUGAUCGCUUCAGGAGUAAUCCCAGUAGAUAUAUAUCUGGACUUUCCAAAUGGAUACGGCAGCAGAUUCAGCACCAUUCAACCUUUGAAAGUGCACUGGAGUCCUUGUCUGAUUUUUCCAGAAAGCACCAAAAGGUCAUUAAUGUAUCCAAAGAGGACAGAAAGUUUACACAAGACAGUGAGUCUAUACUUGAAGUGACCUGUUUGAAGGACAAUACAUUAACUUACUUAGAAGCAGCAAGUCCUCUAAUACCAGAAAAUCCUAGGAAAGGUGAAGCAAAAAUACGUGUCCAAGAACAACAGUGUCUUACAAUAACUGAAAGUCCACCUCUACCAAGAGGCAUCAUCUCCAAAAAGGAAAAAGAUGAUCCUGUAUUAUCAGAAGAGUUUGCCCAGGCAGUCAAAGCAGAAAAAAAUGUGAUUUCCAGAUCCACAAGCCCAAUCUUCAACAAACAAACAAAGCCAGUUAGCUGGUCUAACUUUAAUUCUUUGGAACGUUAUUUUACUGGUGAAAUUCUGACUGCAGGACCUAAGUUCAGGUCACCAGAGGACUGUGCCUCUAGCAUUUCCACUUUAGAAACAGAAGAGGGUUAUAAAACAGUUUUGCCACUCACUGAUAAAUGUGAAUCCUCAUCUCCGAUGUUAAAUGCAUCAUGCUCUCAAUCAGAAGUCAUUUCAUCAGUAAAGAUUGAUUCUACUCUUCUUAAAAGAAAUUGUUCCAAACAACUAUUUUGCUGUGAAGAAGCCGUGGAUCCAGACAUUGAAUUGUCUCUACUUGGUGAAGAAGCUAAAUCUUCCACUUCACAUAGAGCUUCUGAAACAGAAGCAGAGGAUGAAUCUAUCUAUUUUUCACCUGAGCUUUAUGAUCCUGCGGAUACAAAUGAAGAAAAGAAUGAACUAGUUGAAAGUGAUAGAGACAAUAGAUUUGUUGAUCAUUCAAAUUGUAUUUUAGUUGAAGAUCUUUUUGAAAUUAGAACUAUUAAGGGAGUGGAUUCAGUCCAAGAAAUGAAAGCUGAGGAUUGCACAGUCACAACAUUGAAUAGACUCAUGCAUAUUAAAGAAAGUAAAAUUGAUAACAUUGAUAGUAAUAUGAAAAAAAACUCAUAUAAAUGAAUUGGAACUAGGAAAAACUUGUGAAACAGAUAUAAAGAACUUUAAUCAGUUGCCUUCCAAAAAUAAAGGUGUGUUCCUGGUGUUAGAUAAUAAUACUUAACUAUAAUACUAUAAAAAUAUGUUGUCAUGCUUGUAUUAAACUCUAUUUUAAAUGACAACUCCUUCAUUGGAUAAAUGGUAUAGUUUUUUUAUUUUAAAAAUAUUUUUCACUUUAAUUCUUUGGUAUUAGAGGUUUUUAAGUCUUAUUUUAUGUUUAGAAUGUAAGUUUUGUUGUUUUUGAGUUUUGAGAGUGAUCCAUACAAAAUAUUUUCUUCUAACAAAUUUUCUUUACCUAUAUACUUAAUCUGAAAGAUACAUAGUUUCCUGAGGCACUUUAAAUUUCACAUAAAUAUUUGUAUUUUAUAGUCCUAUUCAUCCAUUUGUUUUCAUACUAAUAUAUAAAAAAUGAAUAGCAGUCUAAUCCAGUCAUACCUCAGUCAUGUUUUAUAUAUUCACCUCAAAUCAGUUUAUUUUAGAAAUCAAAGUUUUCUUUUAAAAGCUUAUUCCUGUAUUAAACUGCCUAUUUAGAAGUAAUUAAGAAUGAAGAAGAAAACUAUGUAUUUUUAACUGAUAUUGCUUUACAUUUUUCUGUUUUUGAUAAACCAAAAUCAAGCACAUUUAAAGCAAAUUAUGUAGUUACAAAAUGCCAAAUGAUGACUCCAGAUUUGCAGUUCUAAUUAUUUAGCUUCAUUGUGGAAAAAGGUGACAUGUUCUAGCAUGAAAGCUAUAACUAUGAAAUUGUUAGGAUAGAAAACUUCAUAUGUAAAUUUUAUAAGUAAACCCUAACAUGUAACUGCAACUGAAAAAUGUUCUCUUAUGCUCACUAAUUUUCUGUAAAUUUUGACUCUGUUUACGUGUUUGUGAAUGAAGCUAUAUUUCUGAUCAACAAUGGUUAUAAAAGAUGCCCUUCUCUGUUAUUAUUUCUUGAAAAUUACAUUCACUCAUGUUUUUCUAAGAAACAUCUGUUAUUUGAUGGACUUUUAGGCUUUGUGUGGAUGAUUCGAAUUGAAAUUUUGUGAGUUGUCAGUUUGGAUAUGUUUUAUUUUUUCAACAACUCAAAAUUCCCAGCAAUCCAGUAUUUUAUAUAGUCAUUUGGAUAAA